AUGCAUUCAAAAAUCGUCUUCACAGCAGCCUGUCUGCUCACCUUGUCCGAUGCCAUAUCAGGCUUUCCCGAGCACGACUCACGCGAUGCAUCAUUCACAGACUUCACCAACAACAUUGUCUUCACCCCAGGCGCUAACUACACAAGCUGGGGUGCCAUCUACGCCCGCUCCCUUCAACUCCCAGACUCGAGCCUCAUAAUGACCUGGGAAAACUACCCACCGGAGCCGCCUCAUAUGACGCUUCCAGUAUAUAGAUCUACCGAUAACGGCGUCUCCUGGGCUCCUUACUCGCAGAUCCACGACACCGUCAACGGCUGGGGCCUGAGGUGCCAGCCGAUGCUUUGCGCCCUACCGCAAGACUUCGGCGGGUAUGCCGCAGGCACAAUUCUCGCCUCGGGUGUAUCCUCGCCUCAAAGCCUCAGUGAAGCUUUCAUAGACCUCUAUGCAAGCACUGACAACGGGUUGACUUGGGCUUUCGUCAGCCAUAUCUCCUAUGGCGCGGGGCCAGAAACAGUCACGAAUGGCAACGACGCAAUCUGGGAGCCGUUCUUCCUGAUGUAUGAGGGCAAACUCGUGUGCCACUACUCCGACCAGCGAGACUCGAGCCACGUGCAGAAGCUCGUCCACGUUCCCGUAGACGACGUUGCAGAUCUGCGGUACGAGGCAAGACCCGGGAUGACCGUCGUGGCGCAUAUCGAGUCAACAGACCGCUAUAUCAUGACGUACGAGGUUUGCGGCACAGACAACUGCGAUGCCUUUUAUAGAGUUGCCUCGUCGCCAUUGGAGUUUGCGGCUGUCGAGGGGCGCCGUGUUCAAACGAAUGAUUCUGCGGGUCAUACACCUGGGCCCUCGCCUUAUGUAAUUUGGAUUCCGCAUCCUCAAAGAAAGGAUGGGUCGGGGCUUAUUCUGAUGAAUGGUGCGCAUAGCGAUUAUGUGUAUAUCAAUGAGGAUUCUGCGGAUGUAGACGGGUGGAAGUGGGUUGACGUUGGUCAGAUUGGAGGACAUUCGCGACAGCUAUCGAUUGUUGAUAUUGAGGGGAAGGAGAAGUUGAUGCUGAGUUCGGGAGGAUUGAUGGGCGUUAGCGAGGGUACCGUUGUCUCUUGCGGAAUCGUAGAGAUUCCAACCUAA